CUAAUGCGCGGUUCCACAGAGCAUAGCAUAGCAUAUGGCGCGAUGUUCAAAAACUAGUCUUGUUUGUUAGCCAUGGACAGACGAAGCGCUGUGAAUACUUCUGUGACACAUCACACAACACAUCGACGAAGUAAGAGUUAUGGUCGAACCUUUGACGCAACAUCUCGCUUCUGCUACACUCCUGGGCAGCUUACCAUCACGAGAAUACCAACAAGCAGAGAGGCAGCCAAAGCUCACAAAAUAACUGAAAAAGUUGACCCUGAACAGGUGGCCCUUCUGGUAAAAAAUGAAUGGAAGCUGUCCUACGUCACACCUUUAUAUCAGUUUAGAUAUACACUGUUGAAUGUGUACGCCAAGCAUCUAUCAGCCUUUUUAGUAGCGGAGAAACAACAAGGCACAGCAGUUGAAGUCGGCCUUGAGACAGGCUUUAAAGUCACAUUCUCUACCGUCCUUGGGAUGGUGGAGACAAAGGAUGAUGCAGAGACCGUUUUCAUACAGAUUCAUUCUAAGCCAGUGUUUGCUUCUGCGGGAGAUACCCCACGGGUUGUGUGGAGUGGAUGGCUGACCUGCAUCAAUGGUGACCCAGAGUACCUCCAGUCUCUUCCACCAGAGUUUGUCAGCUUGCCCUUGUUCUGCACAAGUGGUACAGAGUCUUUGACUUUCUUGGUAAAGUUAUGGUUUGAAAGGACAUUUGACUGCAGCUUUGGCUCACUGAGCCUCGACCCCAACGAUCUACAAUGGCUUGCUGCCCUUUGGACUGGUUGCCACAGUGACAACAACAUCAGGUCUCUGAAGCUGGCGUGGACGCUGCCAGCUCAGCCUCCUCUCGACGUGUCGCUCACGGUGAACGGCCAGGACGCGUGGGACCUGUGGGAGAAGGUGCGACCCGGGGACCGUGCCGAUGACUCUGUCAGCAUUGAGGAGGUGAAGUGCUUCAUAACCGGCAUCGAGUCCCACUUCUUCAGGCACUUCAAGAUCCACCUGUCUGCUGGGGUCCUGAAGAAGGUCUCCACAGCGCUGGGCUCUGUUCACCUCGAUGGGAAAAUCAAGAUCACAUGCAGCGACUACAUGAUCACCGUAAUGACAUUGUUGACCGAGUGUGCCAUCCUCAAGAUGCCCACAAUAUAAACUGUAUUUUGUAUUCUAUAUUUGAACUGUAAAAACAUCUUUUGUUACUAUUCAUUACUCUACUUUGCCAUGGAAGCAUUCAUUGAAUGAAAUGAAUAUACAUGUAUUUUAUUUACCCUAUACUAUAAGGAUAAAUCAUGAUCAUUUUCUUGUUUUUAUACCUUUAUAUUUCUACAUAUUGUUUAAAAAUUUUCAUGUAACAACUUCCAUUCUUGUACAUAUAAGCUUAUCUAUUUUCCUUUGCACUCUGUUUGAAUGGGGCUUUUAAAUGUGAUUUCAGACAUGUUGAGUACUGGCUUUUUAUUGUUCUUUUAAUAUUUCUUUGAAAUAAAUGGACAGUGCAUUCAAAA